AUUUGCACAAGUGUAAAGUUUUUUAUUCGCUGAGAAAUGCCGAAGAAAAAGAAGGGAAAGGGAAGCAAGUUGGCUCGUAUGAGCGAUGAGGAACGUGCUCGUUACUUACAGCACCGAGCCGAAUUGGAGCUAGAGGCUAAACGACGUAAACAGCAGUUGAUUGCAGCCUUUCUUAAGAACAAACUAAAACGCGAGGAAGCGUUCUCACGAUUAAACACUGCCAAGAUCAAUGAACAAUGGCGAUUUAUUCUACGCCGAAUAAAAUGUAAAGAACUUCACGAAGACGUAGAAUACCUUUGGCAUAAUUUCGAUCGCUUAAUAAAGACUAAAGAUUCUGUAAUACAGCGUUUACAUAGUGAACUAGAAGCAGCCGACACGGAUCACAGAAGACUGCAAGAGGCCCACAUUCAAAUGAUGGAUCUAAUAAUCGGAAGAUACAAGCAGAAAUGCAUCCAACUACGUGAAUCCUUUUCACGCGAACGCAAUCGUAUUGUUUCGGGUGAGAUGACCGAGUUAAGUAGAGCACGAAAGAAUUUACAGCAGCACUGUGAUCAGCUGCAGAACAUAAUUUUUGGGCAAAACGAAAAACUGGAAAAUGUAUUGACGCAAACGAAAAUUCAGAAUGCCACUAAUAUAUAUAGCAUUGUAUAUUUGAAAGAAGAUUCCCUGUCGCGCUUGAUGUAUUAUGUUUCCAACGAGAUUGAAGAAUUGUGGCAACAACUUAAUGAAACGAUAAUCAAAUACGAAAAAAAUACAGGAAAUAAGAGAAAGCAAUUCGAAUACUUGAAGGAACAGGAUGACGUUCAUCGUGCAGAUGUAGCACAAUAUCCAAAGUUGCAAGCACAAUUACAAAGCACGAUUAAGAAUCUGAAACAGGAUACACAUACGUUAUCGCAAAAAAGGGAGCAGACUAUAAAGGAAUUGAAUCAUCAGAUUGUGCAAUUGAGGAAGAGAGCCGAAGAUAUGAGACAGAUUUUUUCUGUGAAUCAAGUAUUGGACACUACCCAGCUGAAAAAACUGACUAUUAUUAGCGCUAGCGUCCUAAAAGAACUGCAAAGGAUUUCAGAAAAAGGCUCGGCAUUACUUUCAUUACUGAAAAUGUGUUCAAAUUUGGAACCGUUCUCGCUAACCAUUCAAAAAUACACUUUACGCGAUACGGGAUCCAGAAGAGCUUUCACGAGUUGCAUGUCAGAACCGUUUGAUAAAUUGGACAAGUUUUGGGAACAGUUCAACUAUAUUAAAUCGGACAAUAUUUCCAUGAAAAAGGAAUGUAAUAAACUGACUUUCGAGAACAAACAAUUGAGAAACACUCUGCGCACGUAUCUUUUAACCAUUUCCAAAGCUCCAGCCGCACGACCAUUCACGUCUAUCUCUGUAUAAAUAUAUUUUUUUUAAUGUUGAUAAAAGAAAAAUAAGCAAUAUCUUUUUAAAAUAUGUAAUUUAAAAUAUUUACAUGUUUUGCUUAAAAGUUUCUAACUUUUUACUUGAUUUCUUCUAAAAUAAAAA